AAAAUGGCUACUAAAGGCCCAUCAGAAGCUUUUGUGAGUGUUUGUGACAGAGAACUAGGUAUUGAUGACUUUUAUGAUGUGUAUGAUAAAAUUGAGUCACUUUCUGCUCGUUGGAAGCCAAUUGCCAUUUCAUUGCAUAUGAAACUGGACACCAUCAGUAAAAUAAGAGCUAAUGCUAAUGGAGAUACGACUGCUUGUCUUCAAGAGGUUCUUGAGUGCUGGCUAAAGAAAGAUUAUGAUUACGAACGUCAUGGUGUUCCUUGCUGGAGGAGAGUGUGUGUGGCUGUUAAAAAAGGAGGUGACUCAGCAUUAGCUGAUGAAAUAGCUCAGGAACAUCCAGUUACUGAAGGGACUACCCCUCAUACUAGAACUACUCGUGCUAGAGGAGCUGGUUCUACAGCCAGUAUACCGACUCCCUCUAUCUAUGUUCCUCAGGCCAUAACCAACUUUGAGCUACACAGAGAGUUAUCUGAAAUACAGGAUCAAUUUGCUGAAGCGGUUCAAAAAACAAUAAAAUAUUAUUCAAAAGAAUGGUUGCCAGAUCUUAUCGAUUACAUCACAACACAUAUCACCACUUUACUCAGCCCUCAUGAGAAUACUCCAGAUAAAACACAGGCAGUUAGAAAAGAGUUCAAAAAUAUAACAACUAUAGAAGAAUUAUUUGGUUUACUGCAAGACAAGUACACGUCAUGGUUCAAGCAUGAACCAAUAACAAAGCUUAUUUAUGAAAAUGACACCAACCCGUAUAGUGAUUAUGAGGAUGAGAAUGAAUUCAACAAGGAGUUUGAUGAGUAUGGUUUUCCUAACCCUGACUAUGUAGAAAAAGCACCAAGUUCUUGGUAUCGAUAUAAAGAACGUUUACAUAAAUACUUUGAGAAGUGUGUUACAGUAGCUGAUUCUGCUUUAUAUGGAAUAACUGAUGCUCCUCCUGGUAAACCAGUAAUAAUUGCUAAAGUUGAUCGAGGUGACUACAAUCAGAAUGACCUCUACUUCUUACGCAAAGCAAUACCACGAGGUCUUGACAAACCUGAUUUGAAGCUCUACCUUUGCCAAGUUCUUCCUAAUUAAGAUUACCUGUAGGCUGUAGUUUAUAAUUUUUUAUAUUUUUGGUACAUGUACACAUUGACAACUACAUGUGAACUGUGAAGUUACUUGCAAUAAACAUAUUGCUAUGAUAUUACUUUAGUAUAAUAUUAAUAAAAAACCACAAAAUGAAAAUACUAAAGAACAAAAACAAUCAAGAAUACAUAGUGUUUACAGGAAGAUUGGUAUAUAAAAAACAAGGACAUACAUCUGUAGUUAUGUAAUUUUUGUAAAAUACCGUAUAGUGCUUUAAUUUCGAGGAGCAAAACUUUUGCUGUUUUUGCGG